AUGGCUACCGUAGAAAAGGGCCAGCCUACUGCUGUGCCAGAUACUGAACGCGACCCAAACUAUGGCGAAGGCGAGCACAUGGACCAGUCACAGACGGAUCGCAUCAUCAAAGGCGACAAGGUCGAGCUACAAGACAGUGACGCUUGGGAGUGCUUAGGCUACUCUUUCAAGACUUGGCGAAAAUGGCAAGUCUGGCGGUCGCUUCUUUGCAGAUGCUGAAUCUGACCCUGCUCGUACUGACUAUCUCCAGGCAAAUUCUGGUCGUCGUGUUCCUCAUCCAGAUCAGCAUCAACACAAACGCCUCCAUGUACUCCCACGGCGUCUCGUUCGUACAUGAGCAAUACCACGUCAGUGAGCAAGUCGCCCGCAUCCCGCAGGCAGCUUUCCUCAUUGCCUACGGGUUUGGCUGCGAGCUGUGGGCGCCGUGGUCGGAAGAGUACGGACGCUGGCCGAUUCAGCAGCUGAGUCUGUUCCUUGUCAAUCUGUGGCAGAUUCCAUGCGCGUUGUCGAAGAAUUACGCGACGAUUCUCGUUUUUAGAAUCUUGGGCGGCUUGUCUACUGCCGGUGGUUCUGUCACCCUUGGCGUGCUGGCGGACAUGUGGGAGCCGGAUGAGCAGGAGUACGCUGUUGCUUUUCUGGUGCUCUCAUCGGUUGGAGGGUCAGUCGUGGGCGCCAUUAUCGGUGCCUUUGUCGAAGCACGCCUGUCGUUGCCAUGGAUCUUCUGGGUCCAGCUCAUUAUGGGAGGCUUCGUUCAAGCCGUCCACUUCUCCUGCAAUCCAGAGACGAGAUCGACUAUCCUUCUUGACCGCGAAGCAAAGAGGAGGCGCAAGACUGGCGAGGACCGCAACAUCUACGGUCCCAAUGAGAUCCGCGGCGGCCACAAGAUCAGUGUCAAAGAGUGUGCCACCAUCUUCUGGAGGCCAUUCUACAUGUUCUUCACCGAGCCCAUCGUCCUCUGGCUCUCGCUCCUCAGCGGCUUCAGCGACGCCCUCAUCUUCACCUUCCUCGAAGGCUUCAAGCCAGUGUACGAGCAAUGGGGAUUUGGCAUCAUCCAGCUGGGCCUCGCCUUCGUCCCAAUUCUAAUCGGCUACCUGCUCGCCUAUCUCUCCUAUAUGCCGUCCAUAAUGCGAUUCCGGCGCAGACGCAAGCAGAACCCAGGGUCCGUCGCGCCCGAAGUCCGACUAUGGUGGCUGCUCUUCCUCGCGCCGCUCGAAUUUCUAGGCAUGAUGGGCUUCGCAUGGACGAGUCUGGGUCCAGACUACGGCAUCCCGUGGAUCGCGCCUAUGAUCUUCACGACCCUUGUCGCUAUGGCAAACUACGCCAUCUACCAGUCCAGCAUCGACUAUCAAACCGCCGCCUACGGGCCCUACGCCGCCAGCGCCACCGGCGGCAACGACCUAGCGCGCGACUUCAUGGCCGGCGUCGCCGCCCUGUACUCGACGCCCCUGUACAAGAACAUCCCCGGCCGGCCCGUGCAGUACGCGUCCACGCUGCUCGCGUGUCUGGCCGUGCUGGUCACGAUCCCGAUUUACGUCGUUUACUGGAAGGGCCCGCAGAUUCGGGCCAAGAGCCGGUUUGCGAUGAGCUUGGACAAGACGCGCGAGCAGCGGACGGAGAAGAGGAGGCGGAGUAGUAGUAGUAGGUCUGUAGGGGAGCAGGGAGAGAAGAAGAAGGGAGUGAAACAUGUCGAGCGGGUGUGA